CUCCAACUACAGAUUUACAGGGGUCCGAGUGUUUUAUUAUAUCGAGGCGCAGCCAUUGACUUUUUGAUGAAAACACUACCUAAUAAUCUCUCUGCUUGAGGACACGCGUUCCUAACUCUAACAUAUAAUCUUAGCUAGUCUCUCGCUCAGAAGGAUAUAAAAUUCAACAAGAAGAAAACAAAUAGAGAAAAAUACCGACAUCAUGGACGCCGCCGUUCCUCCCUACCCUCCCCUAGAGGACCGCCCGAUCAAGAACACCAUUGCGCUCUUCGAUGUUGACGAGACCCUCACCCCUGCCCGCCUCUCCGUCUCCCCGGAAAUGCUCCAGACUCUCGAGAAGCUGCGACAAAAAGUCGCCAUCGGGUACGUUGGCGGAUCGAACCUGGUCAAGCAGCAAGAGCAGCUGGGCACCGGCGACCGGCCCGUGACGUCCAUGUUCGACUUCUGCUUCAGCGAGAACGGGUUGACGGCCUUCAAGCUGGGCCAGGAGCUGCCUUCCAACAGCUUCAUCAAGUACAUCGGCGAGGACAAGUACAAGGAGCUGGCCAACUGGAUCCUGCACUACAUCGCGGACCUGGACAUCCCGGUCAAGCGCGGUACUUUUAUCGAGUUCCGUAACGGCAUGAUCAACGUCUCGCCAAUUGGCCGUAACGCUAGCACGCAGGAACGCAACGACUACCAGGCGUAUGACUUGAAGAACAAGAUCCGCGAGACCAUGGUCGAGAAGAUGAGGGAGAAGUUUGGACAUUUGGGUCUGACUUUCUCCAUCGGUGGUCAGAUCUCCUUCGAUGUCUUCCCCACCGGCUGGGACAAGACGUACUGCCUGAAGCACCUGGAGGACGAGGCCAAGAAGCCCGGCGGCAUCCAGUACACGACGAUCCACUUCUUCGGCGACAAGACCGACAAGGGCGGCAACGACUACGAGAUCUACGUCGACCCGCGCACCAUUGGGCACUCUGUCAAGGGACCCGAAGACUGCUUGAAGCAGAUAAAGGAGAUCUUCGACCUAUAAGUUACUUACAGAUUCUCACAUAUGAGCACAGCCAGUUUCUAGAACUGAAUCCAGACCUCGAGCCGCGAGAAGAUAGGAAAUAGGUUUUCAUAAGACGGAAGCAAAAAAUAUCCAACUAGAUCUGGCCGAUACUAGAGCAGAUAAACAGAACCGACGAAAAAGAAAAGGCCUAUAAAGGUAGAGGGCGCUUUAGCCGCAUAAUGGGUUUAGAAACGUCUUUUUAUAUCUAGCUGCGUAAAACUUCACCUCGAAAAUCCCCUUAAAAAUACAAAAAGUCACAAGAAUAACACUGGGUACCACUCCGUUUAUUGCCUGUUACAUAAUAUGCGAGAUAUGAAGUCGC